ACAUUUCUUCUUCUUUCUUCUUGGUUUCCAAGAAGAAACAAAGACAAUGGCUACUCUCAUCGACUCUCAUUUCUUAGCGUUCACCGCACUUGUCACUUUUCUGUUUUCGACAUCACCGCGCUCCUCAAAUUCGACAAAGUCACUGAUUUUUCCGGCAUCCUUAUUCUUUACUGCACUUUGACCAAAUUUUCUUAGUUUUAUAAAUAGAGGGAGUACAUUAGUAUGACAAUUGCACAGAAGCCAAACUAGAAGGACCGAAGGAUCUUCUUUGGAUUUUACGAUCCAUGUCAUCUCCCAAAGAAUCCUGGAUGGCCUCUUCGCAACUUCUUAGCACUUAUUUCUGUGAGGUGGAAUCUCAACUCAAUUCAAUUUUUCUGCUACAGAGAGAACCGUGGUUUUGCAGAUAUGAAGUUGUCUCUUGUUGGUGAAGCAUUGAUAACAGUUCCACAAGGGUGGAAAGACACAGUGCCUAGUGCAGUUGGAUGGGAACUUAAUAAGGGUAGAAAAGCUUCUAGGUGUAUAAGCCUUGCACAGUCCAUGGAUCCAACCAGAUUGGCCAUAUCUGCUGCAGAUUUGAAUUUAAAGCUUAUGAGGUGGCGUGCUUUGCCAUCUCUAAACUUGGAUGCCUUAUCUUCCAUGAAGUGUCUUCUCCUUGGAGCUGGCACGCUUGGAUGCCAGGUCGCACGCAUGCUUAUGGCAUGGGGUGUUCGAAAAAUUACUCUAGUUGACAGUGGUAGGGUGGCUAUGUCUAACCCAUUGAGGCAGUCUCUUUAUACUUUGGAUAACUGUCUUAAUGGUGGUGAAUUUAAAGCUACUGCAGCAGUUGAAAGUCUCAAACGGAUAUUUCCAGCAGUGGAUGCAGAAGGUAUUGUUAUGGCUAUACCAAUGCCUGGACAUCCCAUACAAAGCCAGGAACACGAUAGUGUGCUUGAUGAUUGUAAAAGGUUGCAUGAUUUAAUUGAAGCUCACGAUUCAGUUUUUUUGUUAACCGAUACAAGGGAAAGUCGAUGGCUGCCAACACUCCUCUGUGCCAAUACUAUCAAGAUUACCAUUACUGCUGCACUAGGGUUUGACAGUUUCUUGGUUAUGCGUCAUGGAGCUGGUCCUUUAAGUCAGGACCACAAGUUGGAAACAUCACCUAUCCAUUCCAUGACAUUGAGAAGCAAGAGGUCGUACCCGUCCAGUCAUAAAGAAUCUGCAGUUCCAAUAGCGGCACUAAGAUAUUGCUUUGGUGGGGGAUUUUUCUGGCAUCUACACCUGUACUGGAGGGUGCUGAAUGGCUGGUAAUCAUUGGACUGAUCUUUCUCACAUUCUUGCUUCUUUUUGUCAGUGGCAUUCCGCUGCUCGAGGUUUGCUUCUUACCUAUUAUUUUAUCAAAAGUAUGGUAUAAUUUCUUGGCUUUCUUGAUGAUGAAUUGCAUGAUGGAGACAAGAUUUGGCAGAUAAGAAGUUUGGUAACGUAGAUGGGUAUAGCAUAUACAAGAAAGAACAAGCCCUUUAAUUCCAUUGCCACCAUAAGUCUAUGGGAACUUACCGGCAUGGUUCAAAACAACCCUUCUCUUAGAGUUUCCAUUCUACAGUCGUAAUCUUCCACAAGAAGAGAACUGGUGAGACUUGGGUUUUGGAUGCAACUCCCGGAAAAGUUCGAGCGGGUGGAGAUGGAGAAGAUCAUCCAGCAGAACUUAUGUCCUUUCUAAUUAUAUUGCCCAGGGAGAUGAGUGGUCUGAAUGCAAUUUUAUACUCUGAACAUGAUUUGUCCAUCCCUGUUCGUGUGCUCCCACCCUCAUAGGCAUGAUGUCUUAUGGCUUCUCAGGGCAAAAAAUUCCAUCAAUUAUAGCGGCGGUGAUUGAUUAUUGGUCUUAUGUUGUUUUUAUGUUUAUUUGUUUCGAACCAAUAAUUGUCUAAUCUUAUAUGAGUAAUGUUGUUAUGCUUAGGUGGUUGGUUAUCGAUAAUGACCCCUAAUGAAAGACUAGCGCAUUUGUCCAUUCUCAGUCUCCGUAUAUUGAGAUGAUUGACAAUUUGUUUAGGUAUCAUGAGGUGUUGUGUGUUGUGCGCUGUGCGCCGUGUUUUGUGCGUUGUGAACAGAGCCUAUCAUCUAUGUUUUAGGGGUUAGGGUUUUCGAUAAUGGUGCCUAAUACAAAAGUAUAUGACAUCUAUGUGUACAUACUCAGUCUUUGUACAUUGAGAUGAUUGACAAUUUGCUUAGGGUUCAUGGGGUGUGGUGGUGUGUGUUUUUCUUUUUUGCGUUGUGUAUUGUGUGUUAUGUGUUAUUAAUUGUGUUGUGUGUUGUGUGCUUUGUCGUGUGUUGUGCGUUCUUUAUUAUUAGUUGUGUGUUGUCUACUUUGUUGUGUUAUGUUAUGUUUUUGUGUGUUGUGCACAAAGCCUAUGUGUCCAUACUUAGUCUUUGUUCAUUGAUAUGGUUGACAAUUUGCUUAGGGUUCAUGAGUUGUUGUGUUUGUGGUGUUAUGGUGUGCGUUUUUCUAUUUUACGUUGUGCAUUGUGUGUUAUGUGUUAAUAGUUGUGUGCUCUAUGUUGUGUGCUUUGUCGUGUGUUGUGUGUUCUUUGUUA